AACUGCCUAUAAAUACCUCAACUAACAUUAUAUUCCAACAACAUAAACCAUCAAAAACAACAUUUCUAUCUUUUGGUCAUAUAACUUUCUCAAUAUCAAGAAACAACAAAAUGGGAAAAAAACUUAACAUUGUGCAAAUACUCCCUCUUCUAAUAACGUUUCUUCUUGUUGGAAAUCAUGCAAAAAUAACAAUGUCACCAGCACCUCAGCCUCAACCUCCUAAUAACACUUUACCAAUGAAUGGUAGUACUCCUGGUAGUCUCCAUCCUCAAGAUUGUUUACCAAAGUGCACAUAUAGAUGUUCAAAUACACAAUACAGGAAGCCAUGUAUGUUUUUUUGCCAAAAAUGUUGUGCAACAUGUCUUUGUGUUCCUCCUGGGACUUAUGGGAACAAACAAUUAUGUCCUUGCUACAACAAUUGGAAGACUAAAAGAGGAGGUCCAAAAUGCCCUUAAAAAUCAUUUACAUUGACAAUGGAAAGGACUUUUAGCGUAGCUGGUAAAGUUGUUAUGUGACAAGUGAGUUACGGGGUUUGCAUCGUGGAUACAACCUUUCUUGCAAAAAUGCAGGAGAAAACUACAUAUAAUAGACUCUUAUAUUCCGGAUCUUCCUCGAACUUCGUGUAUAAUUUUGUCUGUCGUAGAAUAUUGUGUCUUAUUUUCAAGUUACUAGUUCCACUUAUUAUAGACAAUCUGUUGUAAUUAUGUUUUAAGUGAUCAAAUAGUGUAAAAUUCUUUUACUUUUAAUGAGUGUAUAAAAGUUUUUUUUU